AAUGUCUUCGUUGCCUUAUACCUACAGGAAUACAUAUGAGCGCUACGUAAACCUCUUGGGAACUGUUGGAUUAGACUUCUUUGAGGAGUCCAGAGGUUGUUUCGUGAAAAGAAACAUAAAACUGCUCAUAUUUAACAUAUUAUUUUUACCUUUCGCCGCUAUACAGUUCGGCUUGAUGUUGAAGAUUAAUGCUGAAAAUUUUUUGGAGGGCGCUCUGGUCAUUCCCAUUGUGGUCAUGUUCGCUUUGGAUAUAAUUAAAAUGGCGAUAGGCGUUGCGAAACGUUCUGACAUUAAAUAUAUAUUUGACGAGAUCGGUAAGCUGUGGCCGAGAGAGGAUGAUGUAGAUAAAAACAUAAUUCUUACUAUUUGGUUACGGCGCAUUGGAUUGCUCCUUAACUCGUUCUUCAUAUUCGCCGUGUCCAAUUUAGCUAUGUUUGAGACUUACCCGUUUUUAAGAACGUGCUACAAUUUAUAUGUCGGCAAUGAUGAUUAUAUCUUACCGUUUCAACUUUGCGGACUGUGGGAAGUCAAAUCUACUGUUGUGUAUAUCUUAACUUAUAUAUUGGAGAUCGUGGGAACGACUCCUUGCCAAUUAUUCCUGUACUUACCAUUCGACCUAUUGAUUGUUACUUUAACAUCCAAUGUCAGCAUACUCCUAAGAUUAUUGCAAGCGGAUCUCCAAAACGCCGUCAGAUUACAUCGUGAAAGACCAAACACGUAUUAUGUUAAUGAUCAUGAAAGUUAUGAAAGAAUCAAAGAAAUCGUAUUUAGACACCAGAGGAUAUUGAGAAUUGCCGAUAAACUGAGUGAAGUUUUCGGGUUAGUGAUAUUGGUUCACGUUUCGCUCUCGGCAGUCGUGAUAUGUUUCUUCGGUUUCUUGACUGUGGUGUAUGGAGGUCUAAUAGAAACAAUAUCUAAUUUCCUAACAGCUUUGAAUUUGAUUUUAAUUGUGUUUCUGAUAGCACUUGGAGGACAACUAUUGUGUGACACGAGCUCUAACAUUUCUGACGCCGCUUACAACAGCCUCUGGUACGAAGGCGACCUCAAACUUAGAAAACUAAUGUUGUUUAUCAUUACUCGAUCACAAAAUCCGUGCUAUUUAUCUGCGUUGGGAUUUUCAAAUAUGACUCUACGAUCAUUUUCAAAGAUUAUGAGCACGGCAUGGACGUAUCUGUCGCUUCUUAUUCAAGUUUAUGAAGGAAAUUAACACUUACAAAACCGUCCGCAGUAUUAAGCUUAUUACUAAG